AUGAUUUCAAAAAUUAGAUUCCUGCGCAAGUUGUUGUUUUUCUUAGAGGGACAUGGUCGGGAGCCAAUAUCUGGAGUAGAUAUUGACGUGGCGGAAACGGUCGGCUGGUUUACGACGCUUCAUCCUUUGCUUGUGCCAGCCACUGCGAGUGACACAAUCACUGACCUAGUCCGUCUAGCAAAGGAUCGCCGUGCGCAGAUACCUGGGAAGGGUCGGCCUUACAUUACUAGCCGGUACUAUAAUCCGGCAGGGCGGGAGGCUUUUCGAGAUCAUAAACAGGUUGAACUCCUGCUGAAUUACCGGGGAGUCUUCCAACAGCUGGAGAGCCGUGAUGCACUGCUACAACGAGAGAAUCGCCCGGGGCGAGUGGCUACAAUUACCGAGUUUGGGGAUUAUUAUCAACGGAUGGCCCUGGUGGAGAUCAACAUCGUGAUUGAAGGUGGUUGCGCACGAAUUUCCACCACCAUGCACGCGCGCAUGAGGCAUCAUAGCCGACUAAAGCGCUGGGUGGACCAAGUCUUUCCGGACACCCUACGUGCCGCCGCUGGAGAACUGGAACAGGCCUCGCCACGGCGAACCUUGGCCGACUUCCCCCUGUUGCCCAUAUCCUAUGCCGGCCUGGAUGCCCUCCUAUCGGACGUCCAGUUCGCAGGGGACCGACUUCUCGACAUCUACCCGUGUACACCAGUACAGGAGGGCAUUCUAAUAAGCGAACAGAAGGGAAAGGCUUCGUACCGUAACAGCUGGGUUUGGCGAUGCUACAUGGGUUCUGGGAAGCCCUCACCGGUCUCGACGGAAAGAUUGGCCCUUGCAUGGGAAACUGUAAUCCGCACACACGCGGUUUUUGCCACGGUCUUCACACCACAUCCGGAGACAGGCCGCUAUAUCCAAGUACUACUUCACGAUGAGCAAGUACCCGGUACACUUCGCAUUGUAACAGCAGGAUCGUCAUCACCAACCGAACUUUUGUUACAGACAAAAGCGUCAACCCCUGUACAUAACACUGAACCGCAGCAUGCCAUUACAAUCUGCCAGGCCCGGGAUGGAGAGGUGGCCUGCCGACUAGAUAUGAGCCAUGCAUUGAUUGAUGCUUCGUCUAUUCCGGUGCUAUUGCGCCAUUUGGCUCACGCCUACGACAAUCAGAUCCUGCCGCAGAACGCUCCCGAGCGUCCCCAGUUCCGCAAUAUCGUUACGCACAUCCUUCAGAACGUGAAUAUCUCCGAAAACCUCGCUUACUGGACAGCACAUCUCUCCGGCGCACAGAGUUGUCUUCUUCCGAGUGAUCUUUCCUCCAUGCCAGAUCCUUGUGUGGACGGAUCCGAGCGAUAUGGUCUCUUGCGAAUUUCAGCCGCCAAGUCGGGGGAGAUCGCGACAUACUGUCGACGCCAGAAUAUCACUCGUGCAGUUUUCCUGCAGGUUGCGUGGGCUCUAGUGCUAGCACAAUUCACGGGGCUACAAGAGGUUUGCUUCGGCUACGUGUGUUCUGGGCGAGAUACUCCUGUUGACAGGAUUGAAGAAGUCGCGGGUCCCUUGAUCAGCAUGUUGGUCGCGCGAAUCGACCUCGGAGCGACACGACUGGAGCCCGUACUCACGGCUGUUGCGGAGCAAUCCCUGGAACACCUCUCACGGCAGCAUACGUCCCUGGCUGAGAUACAGCAUAACAUGGGCAGUGAAGGGCAGCUAUUCAAUACUGCCAUCACCGUUCGCGAAGAACAUCAGUACGGAAGCGAGAGUGGUCUCCGCCUAGACGAGAUUAGGGAAGAAGAUCCGCAUGAGUACGAUGUCAUCUUGAGCGCAGUGUUGGGCGUCAACACGACAGACAUUAGCAUCCAAUAUCGAGGGUAUUACAUUAGUAGCGGCAUGGCUUCGAUAAUUGCGUCUGGGUUGGAGUGCGCCAUCAGGUUCAUGAUGAAGCCCGAUCUCAUCCAAGAUACUAUGUCCUUGCACCAGGCCUAUUUCCACCAUAUUGCGGGAGUCAAUGAGUCUUUAGCCGAAGCAUACUGGGCGUCUCGAUUCAAAUAUCUGACGGCAUCCACUUUCCCACUUCUACCCUCAGUGCACUAUCAGCCGAAGCCUUGGGCAGAUAUCACUCACACUGUCAGUCAUAUAAGAUGGUCCGAGACGUAUAAUGCCGUUGCGCUGGUGCAAGGUGCAUGGGCUGCGGUUCAAGCAUCCCACGGUGAACACCAUGACGUUUUUUUUGGCACAGCCCUAUCAUCACAUAAUGAGCCAGUAUCCCGAGAGCUCGCAUCGGCGCUGCCAACCAGGGUGACUCUCGAGUCGAAUCUUGAAAUCUCUCAGGUACUUGACAUCCUUCAUUCCGAUAGUACUAAGAGAUCGUAUCUCAAUCCUUUGCGUCUCCGGACUGUCAGUGGAGAAACAGCGCGCCCCUCGCAGUUUCAAACACUUAUAGUCAUUACCGAGCCUUCUGCCGAACGUUCAUUCCCGCUUUGGGCUGCUAGAGACGCUGGAAUAGACCACUCCCCUAAUCCUGAGGGGAUUGUUGGCACACGGCCCGUUGCGCUAACUCUCCAAUGCCUGGUCACCGCGGGCAAUAUCCGGUUGCACGCCAAGUUCGAUUCUCAUGUCAUUACCGGAGGCUUGGUCACCAGAAUGCUCUGGCAGUUCGAGCGAGCUCUGAGAUGGUUUAGUGACCUUGGUCACUGGACAGAUAUGGUGUCCGAUAUCCAAACUGUCAGCGACCAGGAUCUAACCGACAUUUGGUCGUGGAACGCGAUCGUCCCCGAGCCACACGAUGUGUUGGUUCACGAUAUAUUCAGCCAAGUCGCUGAACAGCAACCGCAGGCACUGGCUAUAUCAGCCUGGGAUGGUGAACUGACGUACCGAGAACUGGACGACCUAUCAUCCCGCCUGGCGUUUUAUCUAGUUCACCGGCUGGCUGUGGGGCCAGGUAUUCUAGUUCCCGUAUACAUAGAAAAGUCACGAUGGACGCCCAUCGCACAGCUAGCAGUCAUGAAGGCUGGGGCAGCUACGGUGUUGUUGGACUCAACGCAACCUACAGAGCGUGCGCGGACAGUCACCGAGGUGGUCAAACCAAAAGUCGUCAUUACGUCUGAUGCGAACCAAGUGGCAGCGGCCCUUCUCGGCGUGGAAUCCUUGCUCGACACUGCGGUGAGACCAGUCCUGCCGCGGAAUUGUGUACCUUCAGACCUUCUCUACGUGGUCUUUACCUCUGGUAGCACCGGGCUGCCGAAGGGUGCUUUGGUCUCGCAUGCCAACUUCGCCGCAGCCAUUCUUCAUCAACAACGGGCCCUUGGAUACAGAACCGGUCUCCGCGUUUACGAUUUUGUAUCUUAUGCAUUUGAUGUGUCAUGGUCGAAUGUGCUUCACUCCCUAACCUCGGGCUCGUGCCUCUGCAUCCCUUCCGAUGAAGAAAGAAUAAACGAUAUCGUCGGAUCAUUGCGAGCUAGCCAGGCUACUUUAGUAGACCUUACCCCUUCCGUUCUGCGUCUUAUCAACCCCCAGGACGUCCCGCAGCUCCGUCGGGUGCUUUUGAGUGGCGAACCGUUCACCAAAACCAUGCUUGGCGACUGGGCACAGCACUUAAGUGUGUUAAAUACAUAUGGGCCGGCGGAAUGUUCAGUCAAGGCAACAAUGGCUCCAGUCAAUUUGGCCUCACUCGAAAAUGACAUCGGCUGCGGAGAAGGACUGGUCACCUGGGUCGUGAGCAUCUCAAACAACGACAAGUUGGCUCCGAUAGGGUCCGUCGGUGAGCUGUGGCUGGAAGGGCCACUAGUGGGACAGGGAUACAUGGGAGAUCAGGAGAAGACUGCCGCAGCCUUUCUUAAUGACCCUUCAUGGUUAUUGCAGGGUGGAGGCGCCGGCCGGCCAGGCCGUCAAGGUCGUUUGUACCGCACUGGGGACUUAGUUCGAUAUGAUUUGAGUGACGACGGCCCGCGCCUCAUCUUUGUCGGACGCAAGGACUCUCAAAUCAAGAUCCGGGGGCAAAGGGUUGAGCUUGGCGAGAUUGAGACUCACAUCCGACACGGACUGUUUGAAGAAGGCGCUUCGGAAGUGCAUUUCGUCGUUGAUACUAUCCAACUGAGCGAUGGCCAAAACCCCCUGCUCGCUGCAUUUGUGGAACUAGCCGACAGGGACGAGGGUGCUGCUACUACUAAAAUCCAGGAUUUAGCCACGGCCCUCGUGGACCGACUAAGCCAACGGUUGCCCAGUUUCAUGAUUCCAGCGAUCUAUAUUCCCGUGGAGCGAAUUCCUGUCGGCCCAACCGGAAAGACGAACAGGCGGCUACUAAAGGAAUUAGGCUGUUCGUUGACGACAGAAGGGAUUGCUAAGUUCAGUCCCGGGAACCGCAGAAAAAGCAUGUUGACCGAUAAUGGUACACACGCAUCUCCCACUUCCCUGGAAACCCUAAUACUAGAGGUUUGUGCUGCUGUGUUGAACAAGCCUGUUGCUCGGCUCUCACUAGACGACAAUUUUUUCAGUUUGGGGGGUGACUCAAUAGACGCCAUGCAACUGGUUGGGGCCGCGCGGGAGCGUGGAAUCACUUUGUCUGUUGCACAGAUCUUCAAGCAGCCCACGCUGGGGGAGCUGUCUCAAGUUGCAGACAGUCAGCUUGAUGUGCUGCAGCCCAGCUCAACAGGGCAUGACAAUGUUGACCCAUUUUCUCUUCUCCCUCUCGAUCUGCCGCAGAAUGAGGUUCGGUCCCAGGCGGCGAGGCUAUGCGAUCUCGAGGCAGAUUGCGUUACUGAUGUGUUCCCCUGUACACCUCUACAGAAAGGACUACUUGCUAUGACCAUGCGUCGCCCUGGUGACUAUGUUCUUCGGCAGGCGCGCCGGUUAGAAAAACAUGUUGAUAUCGCAAGGUUCCGGGCUGCUUGGGAGCAAAUUGUCUACGCCACCCCAAUCCUCCGCUCACGCAUUGUCAAUCUUCCUGAGUUCGGCCUGGUCCAAGUGGUCACGAGCCCGAGCAGAAGUGUGUGGGAGAAUAGCAGCAGAGACGUGAACGCUACCCUCAAUGCGCUUGAACACAGGCCAAUUGAACUCGGCGAGCCUCUUGCUCGCUUCGCCCUGGUAGAGGAUGAUGCAAGUGGCUCAGGAUCACACUUCAUCUGGAGUCUGCACCACUCUGUCUUCGAUGGCUGGUCUCUAGAGCUAAUCGAGAAGGCCCUUUCUGCGUUCUACCAUGAAGGAUAUAUGCCCAAGAUUCUUCCUAUGCAGACAUUCCUUCAUUAUAUUCAGCGGUAUAGUGGGCAGGAGAUGGAUGAAUUUUGGCGCACCCAGUUUGAAGGAAUCGAAGCGCGGCCGUUCUUCGCUCUGCCAUCUUCGAGCUUCCAACCCCGCUCAGACCACAUUAUGAAGCAGGAUAUCAUGGACAUUCACUGGGGAGGCAAGGUCACUGCUUCCAAUGCUAUACGAGCGGCCUGGGCAAUCUUGCUGUCGUCCUACUCCGGCACUACGGAUGCUGUCUUCGGAGUGACGGUUUCUGGUCGUCAGGCAUCGCUACCGGGAAUAGAGGACAUCGCUGCCCCCUUAAUCGCGACGGUGCCCGUACGCGUCGUUGUUAAUAGGGGGUCCACUGUUGGAGACCUACUAGAUCAGGUCAAAAUACAAGCAGUGGACAUGAUCCCAUUUGAGCAGGCUGGGCUGCAGCGAAUCAAGCAACUGAAUGAAGCCUGCGAACAGGCUUGUGAGUUUCAAACGCUGGUUCUUGUGCAACCAGAGCCACGGAAUAAUGGUCCUAGAGACUGGUGCAUCUUUCAGGACCAGAGAAACUCUGCCAACGAUAGGCGGGCCUACGACGACUUCGCUGCUUUCAACACGUAUCCCCUCCUGCUCGAAUGUCAACCUCAACCACACAGUGUCCAUGUGCGGAUUAGUAUCGACUCUCGGGUUGUUGACAAGAUCACAGCCCAGCGAAUGGGUUUACAGUUCGAGGCUAUACUACGACAGUUGCUGUCCGCAGCCAAUCAAGAUCAGCGCGUCUCGGAGAUCCAAAUAGCGAGCGACCAGGACCUGGACGACAUUCGCUCCUGGAACUUAACUUCCAAAGGGGCUGAAUGCUGCGUACAUGACUUGUUCUCACAGGUGGUGCGAAAGCAGCCCAAUCUGCCGGCUAUAUGCGCCUGGGAUGGAGAAUUCACUUAUGGCGAGCUUGACGCUCUAUCUUCCAAUCUUGCGCUUUCCCUUCUGAACAAUCCACGUGUUCAGCAAACUGGUGGCCGAGUAAUACCGUUGUAUUUCGAGAAGCUGAAAUGGAUGCCGGUAGCCCAGUUGGGAAUCAUGAAAGCUGGUGGUGCUUCAGUGGCCCUGGACGCAAACCUACCAUUGGACCGUCUACGCACCAUCAUCGAAUUAGUGGAUCCGCCCUUUGUCCUCUCUUCUACAGAUAAUGCAGAAUUCGCCAGGAAACUACAUGAAUCGGUUCAAAUCGCCGGGGAAUAUCUCAGGGUAUUUUCCCGGAAUGACCUCGCAAAGUCGUCAUUGCCUGUCAUUGACCCAUUGUCGACCCUUUACGUUGUGUUCACCUCUGGCAGCACUGGCAUUCCUAAGGGGGUUAUGAUAAGCCAUACCAACUUUGCUACAGCAGUCCAUUCUCAACAGGCCGCUUUAGAACUGUCAAACCAGUCCCGUGUCUGGGACUUUGUUUCCUAUGCUUUUGAUGUCUCUUGGUCCAAUGUCUUACAAACCCUCUGCGCGGGGGGCUGCCUCUGCAUUCCGUCAGAGGAAGAACGUCGGCACAACCCAGCCUUGAGCAUCGCGAAGAUGAAGGUCAACUAUGCGCAUGUGACACCAACGGUUGCCCGGCUACUGGUAGGCGCAGAUCUCCCCGACCUACAUACCAUGAGCUUUAUUGGUGAGCCGCUGCGGGCAGUCGACGUGUCCUACUGGCAGGGCAAAGUUAGGGUCCUUAAUACUUACGGCCCUGCUGAAUGUACACCUGUAGCCACAGUUCACGUCAUCGAACCCAGUGGUGAUUCGAAUACCGAUCCAUCUAUUGGCCGCGGUGUCGGUGUAGAGACAUGGGUGGUAGAUGUUACAGCCGACCAUCCAAAAAUGGCCGCCAUUGGGAGCGUGGGCGAGCUCUGGCUUGGAGGCCCAUUGGUGGGACAGGGAUACUUGAAAGCCCCUGAAAAGACUGCCCAGGUAUUUGUUGAGGCACCCCGCUGGAUUUCUGCACGGGAUGAGGGCGCAAUAUUAACUAACUGUUAUCGCCGGCUAUACCGCACCGGUGAUAUGGUCCGCUAUAACAGUGACGGUGAUAUGGUCCGCUAUAACAGUGACGGUGAAAGCGAAUCUCUACUGGUGGUAUUCCUAGAGGUCGCUGCUGGCGAGACCGGCAGUAUUACCGCCGCAGCUUCCGUGGUACAUAGCAGGUUGCUGCAGUGCGUGCCGUCUUAUAUGAUACCCACCGCAUAUAUUCCGCUCGAUGAACUUCCCAUAACUGCAUCCGGAAAGACCGAUCGCAUCAAACUCCGAAGCAUAGGGGCUGGAAUGAAGCGCCACGACCUUAUUCGCAAAAGAGAGUCGAUGUCCCAGCGUCAUGCGCCGGCAAACCCUCCCGAGAUUCGAGUCCAUGGUCUAAUGGCAAAGCAGCUCGGCGUUCCCCCUGAGACUUUGGCUAUGGAUGAUAACUUUAUUCACCUUGGUGGCGACUCUAUCUCGGCCAUGCAGUUUGUCUCUCUGGCUCAGCAAGAGGGGCUCCUGGUGACCGUUGGCGAUGUUCUCAGCGCGCGUAAUCUGCUCGAUAUUGUGAGCAAGAUGAGGACUUACGUCAAUGACCCGAGGCCUUCAUCAACUACUCCUUUUGCUGCUCUCGGGUUGGGAGACCAGACGACCUUUUUUCUCGAGAAUGAGCUGCUGCCUCAAGUCCCGGCCGGGGCUGGUUCGCUGCUCGACAUUUGGCCUGUGUCCUCGACACAAACCGUCUAUAUUGAUGAUGCCCUCCGUACCCCUCGUAGAUCAUAUUUCCAGUUCUUCCUAGACCUUCUACCCACAGUGGAUGAACAGAAACUGGCUCAGAGCUGUCAAGACAUGUUGAACCGCCACGACAUCUUCCGGUCCAUUUUUCUUUCGGUUGGAGAUCAUUUUUACCAAGCUACCCUGAAAGACAUCGUAUUUGAUAUCCAGCAUCAAAAGGUUCUCGACUCGGAAGACAUGGACACGAUAUUUAAGGCGGAUCGAGCAACGGAACUUAGCAGACCUGCAGUCCUGGGGACGCCUUGGGUACGAGUCAAAUUCUUCAUUGAGCCGGGUGUAAGAACCCGCCUGCUCCUUAGCUUGUCGCAUGCACUAUACGACGCAGUCACUCUCGGCCUUCUUGCUCGGGAUCUUGAGACACUUUACCAAGGUGCCAAACUGCCAGAGGCACCCAGCUUUGCCAGGUAUGCCCGCCACCGCGUUUCCCGUACUACCGAGGCCCAUGAUUACUGGCGCGACUUUCUGUCCGGUGCUUCCCUCACGACUGGGGCUGCCGAUCUCACGCCGGCGUUGGACAACCCACCGACUGUUCUAGAUCGAACAGUAAGUAUUCCGGGCGCAUCGAACGGAAUCACGACAGCCACUGUGUUUACAGCAGCUUGCGCCAUCGCACUUGGACGGGUUAUUGGCUGUCGUCCUGAUGAUGACGACAUUGUUUUUGGUCGUGUUGUCUCAACCAGAGGAACCUUGCCGAUCGACUUCUGCGACGUUUUAGGCCCUUGCAUCAAUACGAUUCCUGUGCGGAUUCCCGCGGCUGCGGUGACAGCCAAGGAUGAUCGUCAGUCCAUUCUGUCGACGGUGCAACGCCAGUACAUCCAGGGAAUACCCCACGACACCGCCAGUCCCGUCGGGCAGGCCGCAGACUACGGAGGCUUUACCUUCGCCUUCUCCUCGGCCAGCGUUGGUGGAUCCUAG